AGCUAUCCCAGCUUACUCCUAAUGAACUAUACUGCACUGCUGCUAGCUAUUAUGAUACACAGUAGCUCCUCAUCCCAACGCCACAUGAGCAUGUAAAACCCCAAACUCAAUUGCUAUACCCGAGGAUAAUCCUACAAUGCUUUCUUCAGGCGGGGCCGGGCCAUCCGUUGCUACACUCGAUUGCUUGCUUUUACUUCCAGACUACCUUUCCAAUUCUCUUUGACCCUUCUGCUAUUUUUCUUGUACUACCUAUUAUUUUUUUCUCCAUAUCCAAUAUUACCUUACAUCUGUAUAUCUAUUCCCUCUACCUACCUAAUUAAAGCUCUAAGGCUCUCCAUCUCCAUAUCAAGCUCAAAAGCAAACAAAACAUACACAACCAUGCUCCACGCCGCUCUACACACCUCUACUCCUCCGCCUUCCGCAAGACCUGCUGCCUCUAUUCCCAUCAAACCACCCACUUCCUUCCCUUCCUCUGGUCCCUCCAGCGGCGGCAGCGGCAGCGGCAGCGGCUUUGCCCCUCAAACCAAAGCCCAAGCCAAAGCCCAUCAAACAAUCUACAACCAAGGUCUAGAGAUUCUCGCUGAAGUCGCGGGGCCAAAAUACGUCGAUGAAGUCAUCAACCAUCCUGUUCCUUUAUCCUCUUCCGCUUCAUCACCUGAUGAAGCUUCGUUCUCCCAGCCCAUGCAUGACCUCGCCGUGUCGACCUGCUGGGGCAGCGUAUGGUCUCGGCCCGGACUGACGCGCAAAGAACGCUCGCUUUUGACCAUCGCGUUGCUUGCCGCGCAGAAUCAUCCUGUGGAAUUGGCAGUCAAUGUGCGUGGCGCGCUGCACAAUGGCGUCUCCGAGACGGAAAUCAGCGAGACGUUGCUCCACACAGCGGCGUAUAGCGGUAUACCUGCGGGCAUGGAGGCAUUCCGAGUCGCUCAUAAGGUGGUGAUGGAAGUCCGAGCCGAGAGUGAAGGAGGCGGAGCCGGUUCUGGAGAUGAUACAGAGGGAGGAGUGGACCUUUCCGUUCAUUGUUACUUCAUCUCACUUUUCGGCGGCUGUUGUCUCGUCUGACGCUUUAUGGAUGAUUGCUUAUCGUGAGAAGGCAAAAUCCCGAGACGGGUGCUCGGAGUUUCUUGUUG